AUGAGCUUGCCUCAGAAGAAGACCGACGCUGCAGCAGAGGGGAAGUCCUCCGCCGGGAUAGAGACUCUCUCUAUCCCCGAGUACCGCGAGCGUCUCAAAGCAAAGCGUGACGCUCUUGCUACCAAGGCUGCGGCGGGGACAACUCAACCAGAGAUUGUCGUCGAAGGUUCUUCUGUAGUCAACGUCGCCGUUGACUUCGAGGACGACGACGUGGAGAUGGAAGAGGGCGAGGCCUCUUCUAGCAAGCGCAAGGAGUCUAUCGACAGCGAUAGUCUCGACCCGCAUGCCGGGUCGAGACGCCCUCGUGAAGGAGACGACUCGGACGCUUCGAGCUCGAAGCGUUCGCGAGGCGAGAGCAACACUCCGCUCUCUGCUGUUGGGGCUUUAAGCUCCCGCGUGAGGUGGCGCCUUCAAGCUCUCAGCGCGCUGCCUGAGCAGCGCGCGAUCCGUGGAUGCCGUCUGCGUCAGAGAUCGCAGACCGAGCAGCACUUUGAUCCGUUAACGAAUCAAAGUUGCGAUUAUUACAUCGGGUUCUUCCACGAGCUCCGGUACUUCUCCAGCAAGAAGACUUCUUCUCGCAGCAAAGUGCCUGAGUGGCAGGCACUUUGUCAAAGUUGGAACGCUUUUGUUGAGAACUUCAACAAGCAAUCGACUGCUUACCGCGAGCGGGUUAAGCAUGCCCGUGAACGCUUCGAGACAUUCUCGACACGCGGGCGGCUGGAGCAGCUCCACAGAUCUUCUGUGGACGCUGGUAUUCCAUGCGCUGUGCCCGAAGGCCAACAGUGCAUGUUGUGUCUUCCGGGUGCGGCGCGCUUGAGCGACCGCGACCUAAACGGGUACACGACGAUUCGUGUACCUGCGAGUCUCAAGGAUCUCCGUGCCAAGUUCUUGGCACGCGAGGAACGCGACGAUCGUGGGACUUCGGGCGCUGUAGGUGACCACAGCGCUCGCACUACCUUCGCGUCGGCAGUGCGUGGUGAGCUUCGUAUGCCCUCACCAUUUCCGGAACGUCCUGCGGCAGGACGUCCCGCAGCUCCCAUGUAUCUUGGUGGGGCGGAAACCCUCUCCAACGAAUACGAUAACGAACCGGCUGCCGGUUCGUUUUCGGAAUACUAUGGUUCACAAUACGCGCAACAAUCCAGCGUGUUGAGCCGCGGGCGUCGCGGAUCGGAGGCGGCGGUGGUGGGAACACGCCCCGGGUAUGGUCAACCUGGGGUUGACCUUGGUCCGACGCUCGAGGAGCGGGUCGCUGCUGUGGAACAGCAUCAGAGCCGGGAGUUCGCCGCUCUGAAGCAGGAGGUGGCGAUCCUGAGGGCUCAAGUCGCUCAGGGUUCGCAGACCGCGUCGGACAUCUCUGUCGACGUGGGAGGUCGCGUGGCACGCUUGGCCCAGCGCGUUCAAGCGCUGGAGCAGAGGUUCGCUCCCGCUGGGGCUUCCGCUUCGGGCCAGCCGAGCUAG